GGUGGAUAGUUGAGCAUACGACUCGCACGCAAAAGCACUUGUUCCCGCACCGCCCGUUUUUUUCGUUUUCUUCUGUCUAUCUGCAGUGGGCACACAGCAAACGACAACAGCGCUCAGCCCCCCGACAGCCACGGCUGACUGAGAACCACUACAACAACACGCAGUACACACACACACAGACGCACACACAUGGAGCAUCUGGUCGCUGCCUUGGAGGCAACUCUCUCCACAGACCAAAAUGAGCGCGAGGCUGCCCAGAACUGGCUCGACGAGGCCAAGGCCAACGACAAGCCUGGCUUGAUGGGCGCUUUGGCAAAUGCGCUGGUGACUGUGGAUUACACCACAGCAGCACGACAGCAAGCAGGUCUGCAGCUCAAGAACUGCAUCUCUGGCCAGCACGGCCUCAUUCGCGAGGAAGAGCGCGCCAGCUGGACUCAAAUUGACGACAGUAUCCGCACCCACAUCAAGCAAUGUGCACUCAACACACUGGGCACCGAGAAGUCCCAUCCCUCCACAGCGGCUCAGGUGUAUGCGGCGGUGAGCACGAUUGAGGUGCCUCUUGGCAUGUGGCCUGAUGCCGUGCCGAUGCUGCUGAGUCGACUGGACGGCGAGGGCGUGACAGAGGACCUCACAGUCUCCGUCAUGGACGCCCUUGGCUAUCUCACCGGCGACAUUACCGACAUUGACCCGAACGUGCUUCAGCCAUUUGCCAACGACAUCCUCACAGCUGUCGUCGGGGCAAUGACAUCGAGCACGGCAAGCGCAAAGGUGCAGACUGCUGCCAUCAAGGCGCUGGCAAACAGUAUCGAGUUUUGCCGCGACAACUUCAACUCAAAGGACGAGCGCGACCACAUCAUGAUGGCUGUGUGCAACAGCACGCUCUCUGGCGACGCCAAAGUCGUGGAGACGUCGAUUCAGUGCUUGGUCGACAUUGCAGAUGUGUACUACCAUCAUCUUCAGGAGUAUAUGAACGACGCCCUCUUCCCGAUUAUGAACACGGCGAUGAGGUCGGAGACAACGGAGAUUGCGCUGCAGGGCAUUGAGUUCUGGACGACCAUCGCCGAGCGCGAGCUUGAGCUUGAAGACCAGGCGGAGGACCAGAUGGCCAAGGGGCUCAGCCCAUCGGAGGUCAGCGCAAACUACUGCCUUGCUGCCCAGGACAAGCUGCUGCCCGUGCUGCUUAAGCUGCUCGCUCAGCAGGAGGAAGAGGAGGACGAGGACGAGUGGACUGUGUCCAAGGCCGCUGCCGUCUGUCUCGGCAUCAUCGCCGAGGUCAUCAAGGACGCCGUGGUCGACCCUGUGCUGCAGUUUGUGCAGUCGAACCUGGGUCACGAAGACUGGCGCUACCGCGAUGCGUCCAUCCUUGCCUUUGGCAGCAUCCUCAGCGGGCCGUCCCAGGACAAGCUUGCCGAGAUUGUGGUGCAGGCUGCGCUUCCCAUUGUCAACCUCAUCCAGGACAACUCCGUCGUGGUGCAGGACUCAGUGGCGUGGAUUCUUGGGCGCAUGAUUGAGCUGUUCCCGGAGAUUAUGCUCACGCCCGAAAUUUUCCCCUCGCUGCUGGAGGCCCUGGGAUUUGCCCUCAGCCUCCCGCCUCGCGUCUCCACAAACUCGUGCUGGUCUAUCUCCUCUCUAGCUGAGGAGUGCUUCAACGUUGCCCUGAGCACCAUGGACGAGGAUGCGUACCAGCCACCCUCCUAUCUCCUCUCACAACAGUACAGCACGGUCAUGGGUGCCCUCAUCCAGGUCUCUCAGAGGGAUGACCUAGACGAGUCUGGCCUGGGCGUUGCGUGCUUCGACGCCAUUUCCUCGCUCAUUCAGUUCUCCGCGGCGGAUUGCUACCCGCACGUCGCCGAGGCCACCAGCACCUUCCUGGGCCGCCUCGAGGCAACCCUCACCAUGCAGCCGCAGACCGCAGAGCAGUACAAGCAGCUCCUCGCCAUGCAGGGUUUCAUCUGCCAAGUGCUCCAGCCCGCAAUCACGGUUCUUGAGGCUUCUGACGUGAAGAGCAUUUCUGACAAGAUUGUGAUGAGCGUUGUGCAGCUGUUGCGAAUGGGCGGAAAGUCGGGCAGCGAGGCCGCGGAAGACGCGUUUGGCGUCAUCUCGGCGCUCUUGAGAAAGCUGGAGCGUGACUUUGCACCGUACUUUGACACAGUCAAGCCGCUUGUUGUGGAGGCGUUGCAGAACACACAGCACUCGCAGACGUGUCUGGCUGCUGUCGGCGCCCUCUCCGACAUGCUGCUGGCGUUGCAAGACCAAGUGAAGCCGUAUGUGCAGGAGUUCCUCAGCCUUCUCAUGGAGGUCGUCGCGGUGCCUGAUGUUGACCGGAGCAUCAAGCCGCAGGUGAUUUCGACGUUUGGAGACUUUGCACAGGCGAUUGGCCGAGACAUUGUGGUGUACCUGCAGAUGCUGCUGCCUGUGCUCAAGACAGCGUCUGAGUCAGCAACGACCCUUGAGAGCGACGACGAAGACGACAUUGCCUUUAUGAACCAGCUCCGUGAAAACAUCCUGGAGACAUACACAAACAUUCUGCAGGCCCUGACCGACGAGAACGCCAAAGCAACGCCUGAGCUGACGGCCAUUAGCGGGGACAUUGCGUUUGUGCUCCAGUUUAUCACGCACAUCUGCUCAGACCCCACGCUCUCUGAUGCGGUUUACUGCGUCAGUGCCGGCUUCAUUGGUGAUUGUCUGCGUGCAUUUGGCAACGAGAUCAAGGGAGUUGUGUCGGAGGAGCUCGUGCAGCAUAUUUUGUCGAGAGCCAAGGAGUCUGGAGACGCCAAGUUUGAGAGCACGGCCAGGUGGAUGUACGGCCACUACACGAAGAUGUAAUGUGCCGCCGCCGUGUGUGCCCGUCCUCUCUCCUCCCCCUACCUCUCUCUCUCUCUCUUCUCCUUUCUGCCGCUGCUGUUGCAACCUUCGACAAUGUCAGGUGGCAGAUGCAAACGCAAACACGAUGCACGCGCCGAUUCCUUUUCUUCUCGUUUCUGUUUCCUCUUUCCUUGUUCUUUCCCUCCCCUCUCCCCUCUCCUCUGUUGUUUGAGCGGCCUCGGCUGCUGUUGGGUUUUUGGAUGCACUGCUGGGCUGACACCACGCUGAUCUUGUUGUUCUUGUUCGUCUUGUGGCUGUUGUUGUUCUUGUUGUUCUUGUUGUUGUUUGGUUUUCCGUCUGGGCGUUGCGUGCGUGCGCGGUUUUGCAUGAGGCUUCGGUGUGCUGGUGUGUAAUUGUUGUAGUUUUAUUAACUGGCUUGUCCAUGUGUGGCUGUGUGUUUGUUGUGGGCUGCUUUCUCCGCGGCCCAGUGCAUGCUGUGAUUGCCGUGCUCUGGUGUGCACAUGUGUAUUUUUGAGUGUGCACACCUGUGUUUUGUUUGUUCCCUUUCCUGCCCAUCUUAUUUCCCCUUGUCCUUUCUUCCUCUUCCAUUUUGUAUCUUUCUUUCUUCUCUCUUUCCUCUUUCUCCCCUGGCCAGAAAAGGCGCAAUGCCUGGCGAAGCUGUGCGUGUGUUGUUUGGUUGACUGGAGGUACACGUGUUGCGUGUGUGUGUGUGUGUGUCUGUCUGCUGGUGCGUCUGUUCAUGUGUCUGUCUGUGUGUGUUUGUCGCGUGUGUCUUGUGUGACAUGCUUCCUGUGUGUGUGUGGGCACUUCGGCUGUGUGUACGUGCGUUUGUGUUGCGUGAAUGUUGGCUGAGACGCUCGUUUCGCUCGUCGCAAUAAAACUUGUAGGCAAUAGC